GAAGCCUGGGGGCUCAUGUGCCAUCUUUUAAACCAUCUAGAUGAGGACGGGGACUUGGUUGCCUUUUCCAGUGACGAGGAGCUGACGAUGGCCAUGGCAUACGUGAAGGAUGACCUCUUCCGUAUUUACAUUAAAGAGAGGAAGGAGUGCCGGCGGGACCACCGCCCCCCAUGUGCUCAGGAGGCACCCCGCAACAUGGUGCACCCCAAUGUGAUCUGCGAUGGCUGCAACGGUCCAGUGGUGGGCACCCGGUACAAGUGCAGCGUCUGCCCGGACUACGACCUGUGUGCCGGCUGCGAGGGGAAGGGCAUGCACAGGGAGCACAGCAAGCUCGCCUUCCCCAGCCCCUUUGAGGGCUUCGCUCACAGCCGCUGGCUCCGGAAGCUGAAACACGGGCACUUUGGGUGGCCUGCCUGGGAGAUGGGCCUGCCUGGGAACUGGAGCCCACGUCCUCCGCGGGCGGGGGACCCCCAGGCCAGCCCCACAGCAAACUCCGCUUCUGGUCCAUCAGAGGAUCCCAGUGUGAAUUUCCUCAAGAACGUAGGGGAGAGUGUGGCAGCCGCCCUCAGCCCCCUGGGCAUCGAGGUGGAUAUUGACGUGGAACAUGGAGGGAAAAGAAGCCGCCUGACCCCCGUCUCCCCAGGCAGCUCCAGCGCGGAGGAGAGGUGCAGCUCGCAGCCCGGAAGCUGCUCUUCUGACUCCAGCAAACAGGACGGGGCCAUGGAAGGAGCUGCACAGGCUCUGGCGAAGCAAAUGAACAAGAUCACGCUGCAGUCCGGUGUGCAGCCCGAGGAGCAGAUGGAGUCUGACAACUGCUCGGGAGGAGAUGAUGACUGGACUCAUUUAUCUUCAAAGGAAGUGGACCCGUCGACAGGCGAACUCCAGUCUCUACAGAUGCCCGAGUCCGAAGGGCCAAGCUCUCUGGACCCUUCCCAGGAGGGACCCACGGGGCUGAAGGAAGCUGCGGUGUACCCACACCUGCCGCCAGAAGCUGACCCCCGGCUCAUUGAGUCCCUCUCCCAGAUGCUGUCCAUGGGGUUCUCUGAUGAAGGCGGCUGGCUCACCAGGCUCCUACAGACCAAGAAUUACGACAUUGGGGCUGCCCUGGACACCAUCCAGUACUCAAAGCAUCCACCGCCCUUGUGACAGCUGUGCUCACCUGCUAUCUGACCCCUUUCUUGUCUCACAGUUGAGUUGAGCUUGUUAGAACCCCACGCCUAAGGGCCAGUUACUCUGCAUUUUUCUUUUAGAACCUGGUGGGAUGCAUGAAGCCGUUUAGGGCAGCAGGACAAGGACAGGAGGGCGUUCCCAGUGUUGUGACGAUGACUAAGGGGGCUUCCCAGUUUCCCUCGGUGCCCACUUAGUGCAGCCAGGGCGAGCCCCUCAUCUCCCUGCCCUCUGCCCACCAGGGUAUCACCAACAGCCCAGAAUCCAUCUUGCCUCAUGGUCGUCUGGUUUUUUUUUAAAUGACUAAUAGUAACUGAUGUGUAGCUGAUUUUCUGCUAGAACCUGAUAUAUUCAGAGUUCAGCUGCAACAGCCACCAUCACGUCAGAAGGAGGUGGUUGUCCUGUAGCCAGAACAGGAGGGCAGACAGUCGGCAGGCCUCUCGCGGGCACAGGAGUGGCUGCAGGCACCCCCAGUGGUCACUGAGCACUGCCCGUUUCACAACCAUUCUAGUUCUCUCAUUUCCAAAUGUGUCGCCUGCUUUUAAAGUGAGAGGAUCCUUUGUAGCCAUUCUGUUAGCAUAUCUGUAAACCAACUGCAAUUAAAUGGUGUAAGCACUUUUAAUCCAAGAUGUUGCAAUAAGAGAU